CUCUAGUCGGGUUAUCGUCUGUGCCAAAAACUCUAGACGUUUAAGCGAAGUUUACACGAUCAAAAUAUUGUAAAACAUAGCCUUCUGGAGCAAAACAACAUAUUUAAUUUGUCAUAUGAUUAUGGCGACGUUUGAAGGAAUUUCACAGGUUCAUGUCGAUGUUAUAGAUGGAAGACGAACGAAUAAAGUCGUCAAGAAAUGGAGCGAGCAACAGACGGACUUAUUCGCUGCGGUACUCUCUCUUCGAUCUUCUAAAGACGGAGAGCAAUCGUCCUGGGCGGAAGAACUUGAAAACUUAGCGGUGAAAAAGUCUUCAAAUGAAAAGCUCUUUCGAGAAAUUCAAACAAGUCUGGAGGAAGAGUUAGUCAAGAUAGAUCAAAGUUUUCGAGACAAUGACGAAGAAGCGACGUUCUCUGUGCCUCAACUUCGAGCUAAAUAUAAAUGGUUGAAGCGAGAAUGGAAAAUUAUUCAAAGCAAACUAAACUACGGGCUGCAGGCCGAAGAAAUGAAAAUCCCCGGCUGGUAUAAACUUCUCGAUCCUGUGUUUUCAGUCUACCAGAAUGUAAAUAAAGAUGAGCCAAGACAGAGGCCUUCUAUGGUGAUUGAAAACGGCUCGCUACAAAAUGGCGAGUCGCAUGUAGACAAAGACUCGCACGCUGCGACAAAGAAACGAAACAUCGUGUCAGCGUUGAAUAGACCUGAAAGUUUUGAAACAGAACGAGUAGAAACGGCUCAACCUCGCAUAAACAAACCGCCAAACGAUAUCCUAAGCAGCGAGAUCCCAAGAGUCGAUCCAAUAGUAAUAGUGAGGGUGCCAAAUAAUAAUACGGCUACAUCUAGGGAUGGACAGACAUUUCAACGACUUACUCGGGCGAGAAGCGAAGACUCGACCUCGGAAAGUCCACCACGAAAAGCUAUGAGACUUGACGGCUCGAACGAAAGAAUUAACGAAGUUGGACCGAGUUUAUCCCCUGGUAUCAACCCUAUCAGUCGUGUAUGCAAAUCUGAGAGCGACCGUUACGUGGAGAUUAUCAAGCACUUGUUGGAUGCUGAAGAGAGGAGGGAAAGGAUGUUCGUGGGCUUUCAGAAGGAGCAGGCUGAGGCAAAUCGACAACACGAAAUCAAGAUGGCACAAUUUUUUGCUCAGUGUUUAUCACAGCAACAGGUCUUAUCCCAAGGAAUCAACCAGAUUCUGCAUUCCCUUUCUAAAAAUACCGAUAAGAAAUGACUGACCCCUAAGCCUCGAUCGCAAGUUAAGAGAAGAGGUCUUAGAACGAACUUAGUUAGAAAAAGAGUUCUUUGAACGAGUUUUUUUUGAAAGUCACUGAUAAGAGCUGUAUACUCAGUGGCGGAUCCAGGAUUUUUUUAAACGGGGUCCAGAGUUUCCACUUCUUUGCUUUUACUAUAUGAGUGCUGACAAGACCUAGACUGCACAUGCGUGCAUUUAGACACAGUUAGUCCAUGCAGUUGGUCGGGUCGAUGGCUCGAUCUGUGUGGAAUACUUGAGGUUCGCAAAUUACCAGUACGACGCCAAAAACAAGCUAUAACAACAGGACACAACCCAAAACUUCUGUAAUCUUUUUAAUUAAAAUGUACAGACGA